CGUAACAGUGCAACCCUUAUUAUAUGAGUAGGAAGCCAUCAAAAAUGUCUUCCAGUGGCACUCUCAGUAACUGCUAUGUGGACGCUAUAAUGGGGCAGGAGCCGGAGGAUGUGUACGGUGCUCGCUUUAUUCAGGCUCCACACGCGAUGACCCCGAGGCCGUCAGGUGCUGGGGACAACGCAGACUUUUCCUCGUGUAAUUUUGCACCGAAAUCCGCUGUUUUCUCGCCGUCCUGGUCCUCAGUUCAUCCUCAGGGGAUUUAUCAUCCAUAUGUGCACCACCACCACCACCAGUCCCAUCUGCCUGCGUCGGACGGGAGAUACGUUAGCGUCCGACCGUGGAUGGAUCCCAUUUCGAACCACGUUUCGUUCGCCGGAUUCCCCUCCAGCAGUCGGUCGUACGGGACAAAGCCAGAGGUCUUGCCAGCUAAAUCUUCAGAUUGUGACACGUUGGAAGCGGAGGUUCGGCCGCUCGCUGGCGAAUUCACGUGUGGAGUAUCGGAGUGUCCAGAAAAAGCAACCAAAGAACACAGUGGAAGUGAGCUUUCGAGCCACAGCGAACCCAAAGAGGAAAAACAAAAACUUGACCCAAGUAACCCUGCAGCAAAUUGGAUUCACGCACGCUCGACGAGAAAGAAGCGAUGUCCCUACACAAAAUAUCAGACUUUAGAGCUAGAGAAGGAGUUCCUCUACAACAUGUAUUUGACAAGAGACCGGCGCUAUGAAGUCGCUCGCAUACUCAGUUUAACGGAGAGACAAGUGAAGAUCUGGUUCCAGAACAGGAGGAUGAAAAUGAAGAAGAUGAACAGAGAGAGGAACGGCAAGGAGCAUCUAUAAGUCCGGUGCUGGUGCCGUUUCACACAUUCUGACGUUUGUACCAAGGAAGCCAUGUGAACAAUUAUAAUGAUUUUUGAUAGGAGCCUCCUUAGCCAUUUUAAUUUUUUUAAUGUUAUUAUUAUUAUUAAUUUUUUUUAAAACAUUUAUUAAGUGUCAGCGUUCUGGGGUUAUUUGGCCAAAUAUGCAUCACACGUGCAAAAAAUUCACCUUGAUGAGACCCACAGAGGAUUUGUCGAACAAUGUUUCAAGCCAACUGACGCAACAAAGUUGGAUGUUUACGCAGCAGGAGACAUGUAUGUGUAUUGCUGUUAUUUGGAGUUGUAUAUAUAUAUAUAUAUAAAUAUAAAUAUAAAAAGAAUUCAGAGCAACUACUUCGACUGCUGUCUAUGUCACUACACACACGGGACGCAGUUUCAGUAAAGCGAGAAUUUACCCAGUUUUAAAGACUUUUUGCUUAAAAUCUUUGUUUUUAA